AUGGUUUCAGAUAAUGAGUUUCAGAUUCCAGUCAUCAAGUUCUCAACGGACUCCAAGGACUUGGACCGAGGAACUGAAGGGUGGCACAACUUGUGCAAGAGAGUUCGAGAGGCUUGUGAAAAUUAUGGAUGUUUCGAACUAGUGUAUGAUAAGAUGCCUAUACAAUCGAGGGCUGAGACCUUCUCAGGGAUACGACAACUUUUUGACCUUCCCUUGGAUAUAAAGAAGAAAAAUGUUAGUCCAAAGCCUAACUCCGGCUACUUGGGACAGAUAGCUGCAGUUCCCUUGUACGAGAGCUUUGGCAUUGACGAUGCCUUUAACUAUGACUCCCUCAAAAGCUUCUCGGAGUUAAUGUGGCCUAAUGAUCAUGAUCUCUUCCUCCCAGCUGUAACUGUAAUGUUAAAGUCGCUGGACGGGCUGAACCAUUUAAUCGGAACGAUGAUUCUUGAUGGUUUUGGUUUGGGAGAGAAAAUGGAGUCAAUCAUGAAAUGUGAGCCACUGCUAAGGUUAAUGAAAUACCAAGCUCCCCCAUCUGGGGAAUAUAUGAAUGGGUUGGUUCCUCAUACUGAUAUGGGAUCGUAUACACUUCUCUGUGACGAUCAAGUUCCAGGCCUUGAAAUUGAAACCAAGGAUGGGCAAUGGAUUAGAUUGUCUCCAUCUCCCAACUCUUUCAUCUUUUUUGUUGGAGAUCUUCUAAUGGCAUGGAGUAAUGGGAGAAUGCGUUCAGCGAGGCACAGAGUGAUGAUGAGCGGGGACAAAGACCGUUAUUCUUUGGCAAUUUUUGGAGCUCCAGUAGAUGGUAGCAUCAUCAAGGCACCCAAAGAGCUUAUAGAUGAAGAACAUCCCCAAGUUUUCAAAGAGUUUGAUUAUUUGGAUUUUGUCAAGUUCAGAAAUUCAGAGGAGGGACGGGCAACAGACUCAGAAAUGCAAAUGUUUGUAUUUGCAGGGAUAUAG